AGGACCGGCAGGAGGAGGGCGACCCUGCGCACCGGGCCGUGCCCCGCGGCCUGAGCGGACCCCGUGAGUGAGCGCACGGGCCCAGCCCCGCUUCCACUUUCAUUUCUCCGGCGGUCCCUGUCCCGGCGUGGCACUGCCCGGAGGCGGCCCGGCCUGAAGACAGACUGGCCAGCGUCUUCGGUCUGGUCCGAGCGCCGAGGAUCGGAGCUGCGGAAGUCGGAGCAGCACCUCCAACGUUCCUGCCUCUGGAGCCCCGCACUCCGGGCCCGGCCUGGCCAUGGCGCUGUGCCUGAAACAGGUGUUUGCCAAGGACAAGACAUUCCGGCCGCGGAAGCGCUUUGAGCCCGGCACCCAGCGCUUUGAGCUGUACAAGAAGGCGCAGGCCUCGCUCAAGUCUGGCCUGGACCUGCGCAGCGUGGUGAGGCUGCCUCCCGGCGAGAACAUCGACGACUGGAUCGCCGUGCACGUGGUGGACUUCUUCAACCGCAUCAACCUCAUCUACGGCACCAUGGCCGAGCGCUGCAGUGAGACCAGCUGCCCGGUCAUGGCUGGCGGGCCCCGCUACGAGUACCGCUGGCAGGACGAGCGCCAGUACCGGCGGCCGGCCAAGCUCUCGGCGCCACGCUACAUGGCCUUGCUCAUGGACUGGAUCGAGGGCCUCAUCAAUGACGAGGACGUCUUUCCCACGCGUGUCGGAGUUCCCUUCCCCAAGAACUUCCAGCAGGUCUGCACCAAGAUCCUGACCCGCCUCUUUCGCGUCUUUGUCCACGUCUACAUCCACCACUUCGACAGCAUCCUCAGCAUGGGGGCGGAGGCCCACGUCAACACCUGCUACAAGCACUUCUACUACUUCAUCCGCGAGUUCAGCCUGGUGGACCAGCGGGAGCUGGAGCCGCUGAGGGAGAUGACAGAGAGGAUCUGCCACUGAGCCCAGGCCCGGACGUGUUACCCAUCACCUGGACGUCUGAACACAGGCUGGUGGGGGAGGGGACUCUCGGGAGUCUGGCAGCAAGGGAGCGGAAGACCCUGGGACCCCUCCAUAAACCCGAAGCCUCUGGACUUCUGCUUGUCGGGAGUCUGACCACACGUCCCUCUGACUGAUUGUGAACGAGGAAGCAAAGGGCUUCAGGGUGGGCAGAUAGAGGGAAGGAGGGGCCGAACCUCUGGGGUGAAGUCUGGGAGCACGGUCAGCCAGGGGGUUUCUUCCCCGAUACUUGGCCCUUCCGUGGUGAUGUGGAUGUGGCUGAAGUGAUGGCAAGAAACCUGCAAGAGAGAAAGCGGCCUGAGUGUGAGCAAGCCCAGAUACCUGUGUGCGUGUGUAUGUGUGUAUGAGAAAGAGAGAGAGUUUAAUUGUGGGCUAUGUCUGAGAGGUAACUGCUUUCAACCUUCCUGGCACGCAGUAGACCCUCCAUAAACAUGGGUGGAUAAAUGGGUGGAUGGAUGAGUGGAUGGAUGAGUGGAUGGGAGGAUGGAGAGGUGAGUAGGUGGAUAGAGACUGGGACCAUCAGACCGUGACCUGUAGGUGUGAUGACAGGUCAGCAGUGCCCCUGCUCAGUGUGUCUAACAGUUGUGUAAGAGCAUGAAACAUGGUUGCAGCUGCAGCUCUACAUUUCAACCUGUAGGCAACCAUCUUCCAUGAGCACGGGCCCUGGGAACCCUGGGAAGCUAAGAAGAGGGCGUCUUGCCUGACUACCACAGAUGCAGGUUCUGAUUGGUUCAGCCAGAGAUGCCCCUGAGCUAUCAUUUCACUCAUCUCUCUGCCUUCAGGAGGGCCAGCUGGGGGUUGGGGAUGAUCCUUCGGGUCCACCAGGGUACCCUGGUGCUUACACCGGGCACGGUAGAUGCCGAUCUAGCUUCCCAGAUCUACAGACCUGGCUCCUAGGAUCUGAAGUUCCAGCACAGAAUAGUCUGCCAGCCCGAGAGCCGGUGCAGCAUGGACUGGUGACUCUGCAGUCUUCUUUCCCAUCCCAGGACAUUGAGGACCACACAGCUGAUGAAAGAACUGUUGCAGCGUGAAAUGCCCCCAUCCUGGAAGUGCCUGCCUCCUUCCCAGCCAUCCUGAGACAUUCCAGCUGUCCACAGGAGCCCGAGCUGUUCAUUCUGUACCCCAUCACUCAGUACCUCCAUGCCCAGACCUCCGGUGGAGCUAGAGAGCAGGAACGGGGUUCCACCCUCCCAGAGCCUCCACACUGGGAGGCUAGGCUGGAGAGCUGGAAAGGACCCGAGGGUCGUCCAGACUCAGCAUCUCAGCAUGCAAAGGAGAGGAGGGAGCCCUCUGCAGUGGGCUCAAAGUGAAGCUCUCAUGGGGCUGGAGUAGAAGCCAAUGGUCCUGGCUCCCACCCCAGGGCCCAUUGUUUGCUAAGGAGAGGUGUGGCAGGCCCUCUCCAGAACUGUUCCUGCUCUGAGCAAGAAUUUCAACCCCGCUGCCUCCCGGGCUGGCUGGGGUUGGCUGCUGAGCCAAGCCUCCAAAGUCAUGCCCCUCUCAACGGCCUAGAAGCUGCCUGCCCUCUGGGCAAACAGAUGGAGCUCCUGGGACGCCAGCUGGGCUGGGGACUGCUGCUGCCACAGAAGUUCCCAAGGGAAACAUGCUGGCCGGAAGCUGGGCCAGCAGCUCUGCAGUAAGGGACGUUGGAGCUUCCGCAGAGUGGACUGUGGCUGGCAAGAUGGAUUCUAGGCUGCGGCCAGGGCUGAUUGCGGGGAGGGGGAGGAGAAAUCUAUUUUUGUGAAACAGGGAAACUUUAUUGUUGUUAUUUUUGGUAAAAAUAAAAGAGGUGAA